UAUUUCUUGUUCUGAACUUAGCAUAUUUUAUCUCUCUUUAACCGUGUGCUAAUUCAGAAGCACAAAUCCCUAAUAUAAGCGGUCAUCAAAGUGAAGAUUAAAUCAAGCAAGAAGAAGUCUCUUGAACUUGUUGAGUUUCGGAGAAAGAAAACAUGUAUCAUCCUACCAGAGGUGGCGUUCGUGGUGGCCGAGAUCAAUUUAGUUGGGAUGAUGUGAAGGUUGAUAAACAUCGGGAGAAUUAUCUUGGUCACAGUAUCAAGGCACCUGUUGGGAGGUGGCAGAAAGGGAAGGAUCUGCACUGGUAUGCAAGAGAUAAAAAAUCCGGGGGAUCAGAUGUGGAGGCUCUAAGUGAAGAAAUUAGAAGAGUUAAGGAAGAGGAGGAGCAAGCUAUGAGGGAGGCUCUUGGACUGGCUCCUAAACGUUCUAGUCAACCUCAAGGCAAUCGCCUUGAUAAGCAUGAGCUUUCGGAACUUGUGAAGCGGGGUUCUACUGCAGAGGACUUGGGUGCAGGCCAUGCUGAAGCAGCACGAGUCCAUGGUCUUGGUUUCUCAAGAGUGCCACGCCCAUGGGAAGAUCCAAGUACCCUUCCCUCCAGUCAGAAGGAAGCCUCAUCUGAGACGGUCAAGGUGGAUGAACACUUGCCAUCAACCACCAACACUGUAGAAAAGGAAUCAGAGGAUGAAAGCAGCAGGAAGAGAAGGAAGCAUGAGGAGAAGAGACAGGAAAAGCAUGAGAAGCGUGAGAGACACGAGAAGCGUGAGAGAUACGAGAAGCGUGAGAGACAUGAGAAGCGUGAGAGAUACGAGAAGCGUGAGAGACACGAGAAGCGUGAAUCUCAUGAUUCAUAUGAAAAGAAAAGACGGAGGAAGGAUAAGGAAAAGAGGAGGCACGAUUCCAACUCGGAUUGAACAUCUUCGUGACCACCAUCAUCAUUUGUGCUAUUUCUGCCUAAAUUGAAAAUGAAAACGAAAAUUUCGAAGUAAUUCAUAUGAUAGUUUGUCUUUUUUAGUGGAUGCAAUGGUAGGAAAUUGUGAAUCAUUCCGAGUGAUUUGUUUUAAGAAAGUUGCAGAAAGAAUCUCUAACUAUGUUAAAGCAGGCGAGCAGACAUCUACUUUGGGAGUAGGUUACUCUCACCACCUCAGUAUAUAAAAUGCUACGUCCUCUGAAA